GUCCACCUUGUUAGAUCAAAUUUUUUUUUUUUUUUAAAGAGAUAAAUGAAAAAAUCCAGUGAUUUUUACAUCCAAAUGUGAGAUAUAAGUCCAAUGUGUAAUCGAAGAAAAAACAAGGGUUAAACGUUACGAGAGUGAUUGGUUUUUUUUUUAAAGAACAAUGUAUUUUUAUCUUACGGUCCUUUUAUUGCUGAAUUGGUCAUGCGUGAAAGGAACGGAGGAGAAGAAGCAGAAUGUCAUUCCCGAUCAAAUUGCUCUCCCAUCAUCAAAACGAGAAAUCGAGAAACUGCCACACGCGGAUGAGAUUUACAAUUUGAAUGAAACCUCAUCCAAAAGAGUGACUGUUCAUUAUGAAAAUUCCAAUGGAUUCAUGCCAAUAGUUGUAUUGGAUCAUCGACGUGAAAAUAUCAUAACAAAAUCAAAAGACACUAAUCAGAAAAAAAGUGAAAGCGUCUUAGAAAAUGAUCCUGUUUAUUCAAUGGAAGCGAGAAUGUUUUUAAAUUUACCACAAUCGGGUGCUAAUCGUCGAAAUUUUGAAUCAGGUGACAGAAGAAGUGAUUUAGAAUUAUUGAAAGUCGACAGUAAUACACCCGCAAUUGCAAACUAUCAGGAAUUUUAUGAAAAUGUUCAAAGUGUCAUUAAUCAAAAUCAAGAUCCCGCUGAUAUUGGAAAAAAGAAGAAUUCAAGAAUAAGAGGUAAAUAUCGUAAUAAACAAGUGCAAAAUAAAGAUAAUGAAGAUAUGUACAAUCGUCAUUUUCCUCUAAAUUCCUAUAAUAGCAAUCAAUUUAAGUCUAAUUACGAUACAGAGAAAGUGAACAGUAAUCAUCAUAAUCAUCAACAACACGACAUGUCAGGGUAUAAUCUUCAACGCAACGUUGCUUCGAAAGAGAAAACAGUGGCAAGGACAAAUUUUAAUACGAGACUGUCAUCUGUAAUGGAGAAGAAAUCAAAAAGUGAAGUCGUUCAGAAAUUACAUACCGAUAAUAAUGAUAAUGAAUGGAAGAAUAAAAAUCCUUUAACCAAUGUUGAUGACGAUUAUAGUCUCGAGCUGAAACAUGGAUCUCAAAGAUCAACAAUUUCUCCGCAGGAUAUUUCCGCUAAUCCUUCAGAUUUAUCAAAUUCCCCUUCGAAUAUUUACGUUCAAGAUGGUGGAUACGAUAAUACAGGAACUAGUCGUCACUAUGAGCGUUCAGAGGAUUCGCAAGGAAGUUCCGAUGAAAGUCUCGAUUACAUGGAUGUCACUGAGAAACCAAGAAGAGUUCACAAAAGUAGAAGACGACCACAAACUGCUGAAUUAUCCAGAAAACUCCCCAAAGAACAUCGAUAUACACAGGAAAAUGAUGAUCGUAAACGACAAAAUCUUGCAAGAGCCAAACAACGACAUCGUCAACGUAACAAACAAAAUCACUGGGAUGACGAAGGUCGUUACCAAUAUCAAGAUGAGAGUCACGAAGAGAAACUUGAUAAUUCAGAAGCUGAUAAUACAAAUCAGAAUACAAAUUCUUGGAAUCAAGUUGGAUCAUCGAAUGUAGAAGUUGCACAAUCGAAUGGCUAUCAAGUUGAUCAAAUAGAAAAACCAAAGUUACUAGUACCAGUGAACGUAAACCUUGUACCAUUUACACAGUUCGAUCAUCAAAAUGCAUUAGGCACUAGUCAAGGAUUUGACAUUAACAAUGCAAUGAUCCAAAAUCUAGGUUCUGGCAUGUCAAUCGUCAGCACUGCUUCUCCAUUCGUUAGCACAUCACAAACUUUAAUUCCAAAAACUAAUCAAAAUUCUCGUCAGGUGCCCGAUAUCAUUGUCGGACAAAGCAGUAUGCAAAAUCCCGUUUCCGUUCUUCUACCGCAGGGACAAAGUCCUACAGCUAGAAGUGCAUCAAGCACAACUCCACGUUCCAUCUUCGCUUCUGCCUCAACAAUAGCACCAACUUAUCAAUUAAAUCAUCUUCCCACUAAUCACAUUCUUCUACCACAACCAUCCCUUCAAACUGUUUCAAAUAUAAUUCAAGAAAACUCUGAUAUUCAAAUUCAACCUCACGGAAUUCAUGGCCAAAAUCUAGUUCCCCUACAGAACAUUCCCAUUGUUUCAAGUACAACUCCAAUGAGCCAAAAAUUUUCCACCGAGGGACAAUAUUUAGCAACAGCCAGUUUAGCAGUUGGCAAUGAUCAUCAUAAUUCCAAUCAGAAAACAAUUUUUCAGCUUCCAGCAAUAUUGCACACUGGUGUCAUCAAUCUAAAUAAUCAAAAUCAGCAAAAAUCUCAGGACUCGUUUGUUGUAGCGAGACCAAGAGAUAAUGCUCAAAUUCAAAAGGCUACAAAUGACGCUUUUUUGAGUUCUAUGAAGGAUCUGCAAAUGCAAAUACAGAGGAAUCAAUUGUCAAACAAUUAUCAAGGUGCCGAUUCUAUUGGAAGUUCAAGCAACAAUAUUAAUACAUUUGCUGGAAUCCCUGUUAGUAUCAUCAGAACACAAUUGCCUGUUAUGGGCUCCAAGAAUGUAGAGAUCAUCAAUCCCAACAUUAAACCAAGUCCAGUUGAUUUGACAAUAUUCAAUCCCGUAACACCUGUUAAUCAAUUUACGGCAAUGUACACAACACCUGUUCCAGUCAUUAGUACAUCAAGUUUCAUCAACUCUAGACCAGCACCUACGGAGAAUGUUCACUUAAGCAAUUAUGUUGAUUCACUAACCGAAUAUGGAGCCAAAACACCACCAAGUAGCGUUUUUAAUUUUCUUCCCAUUGAAGACAAUAUCAAGAGUGCAUCUUCACAUAAAAAUUCACGAGGUUCGACCAAGGCAAAUCUCAAAUCUGAAAUAGCAAAAUACGCCGAAGAAAUGGUGAGAGAAUCAUUUAAAACAAUGUACAAUUCACAAAAAUUAAAUAAUGAUCGACGAUUACCAGGAAAUAUUAGCAUUGUCGAUUCUUCGGAAUUGGCAAAAUUAAGAAACGAACUCCUACGACUAAAACCAACUAGCACAGAUUCAAAAUCAUCAAAAGAUGUUUUGGAAGCUCAUCAAACAGAAAACAAAUUUCGAACAUCAAAUUCAAGACCAUCGAAAACAAAUUCCCAAAAACCAGCAUUCUCCCUCGAACAAAUUGAACAUAUUCUCAAAGAUGAUAUGAAUUCCGAUUACUAUGGAAAACAAGAAUUCGACGAUGGAUUUAAUUUUAGAAUUAAUGAUUAUCUCACACCACCAAAACCAAAUUCAUUUUUGUCAAAAAGUCCAUUUCACGAUAAACCAGUGAAAAAACGUCCACCUGGACCAAGACCCACUGGAUAUUCAAGAUCACGACAUCGAAAACCCGGUGGUUAUAAACCACACGGUUUAGAAACAGCUGCGUCAAAUAAUUUUGAAUUUGGUUUUGAUGCUCCUCGUUUUAGAAAUAGGCCUCAUUUUGAACAUGAUUAUCAUGAAUUUCGUCCUGGACGUCAUGGACAUUCGAAAUAUCGUCAAAAAAAUAGAGCUUUUAAUAAUAAUUAUUCCACUUUUAGUUCAUCAGGAUUGGAUAAUGAGAAAAAAUCAUUGAAUAAAGAUCUUUAUGAAAUUAAUAAUCCUAAAUUUCAUAAUCUUCUUGGAUUAUUGAUGAAAAAUAAAAGACUACCCAAUGGAAUUCCACAGAAUCAUUUAAAUAAUAGGGAUAAUGAUAAUUUUGUGAAAAUUCUCGAAGUGGAAAAACAACGACUUGAGAAUCAAUUUUAUAAUGAUGCUUUACAAGGAUUGCAGAAAAAAUUAGAUGAAUCAAAAUUAGGUCAGCAAAAUAUCAGUCAAAUCAGUCCAAAAUUUUGAUUUAUUUUUUAGAUUAAAAUAAGAAAAUGUAUAGAAGACAUAUAACUAAAUUUUAAAAAAUAAUUCUAUUAUUGUACCAUUAGAUUCAUUUUUUAAUUUUAUUUCGAGAAAUAAUUAUUUUUUUCAUUAUAUUUUCCAUAUCCUAUAUAUAUAUAUAUAAUACACUUGCUGAACAGAUUUAGCUUCUGAAAUUAUUUCAUAAUUUAGAGGAAAAAUGUAAAAUAACAAAAUUAAUUAAAUUAAAAAUUUAUAUAGAAAAUAAUAAAAUUAAUGUAAUUGUAUUUAAUAAUAAUUAU